AUGGCGACGUCGUUCCUGGACGGCAGCUCGCUGUACGGCACCAGCUCGCGCGUCUCCGAGAGGCUGCGCUCCAACUCUGGGGGGCGGCUGAGGAUGGACAGUGACGGCAGGCUGCCACGCGGCGGCACCGGCCCGUGCCGCGACGGCCAGCACAGCUGCCCGGAGACGGCUGACCCAAGAGCCAACACCCACUCGGGCAUCGCCGCUCUCUACACCCUGCUGGCGCGCGAACACAAUCGCGUAGCUGACCAGCUGGCCGACCUGAACCCGCAGUGGGGCGACGAGCUCACCUUCCAGACGGCGCGCGCCAUCGUGGUGGCGCAGAUGCAGCACAUCACCUUCAGCGAGUUCGCGCCCUCCGUGCUAGGCCAGGAGGUGAUCGAGUUCUUCCAGCUAGACCUGCUGUCCUCGGGCUUCUACCAGAACUACACGAUGGACUUGAACCCGGCGGUGACAAACGUGGCGGCCUCCGCUGCGCUCAAGUUCUACCUUACACUGUUGCCGGGCUACCUGCUUUACGCCAACGCCAACGGGCAGCACAUUGGCGACGUCCCGCUGUCGGCCUCAUUCUUCGCGCCGUUCGACCUGUACCGGAGCGGCCGGCUGGACGAGCUGCUGCUGGGCCUGAGCGUGAGCCUCGCCUCGCCGGGCGACUCCGUCACCGAGCAGCUCACACGAGCUCUGGGGCUGGACCUGGUGGCGGAGACGGUUCAGCAGGGCCGGGACCACGGCCUGGCCAGCUACGUGGAGUGGCGCGCGCUGUGCGGCCUCUCACCCGUCCGGCAGUUCCGUCAGCUCAACACCACCAUGUCUCAGGACCACAUCGACAUGCUUCGCAAGCUGUACCGGUCGCCGCUGGAUGUGGACCUGUUUGUGGGCGGUGUGCUGGAGACGCCGCUUGAGGGCGCCGUGCUGGGGCCCACGUUCGCCUGCCUGCUCGGCCACCAGCUGCGCCUGGCGCGCCAGACGGACCGCUUCUGGUACGAGAACGACACGCCGCCGGCCGCCCUCUCCAAAGAGCAGCUGUACCAGAUCCGGAAGUCUAGCAUGGCGCGGCUACUCUGCAAUAACAUUGAAGUCGUGCAUGAGGUGCCACCAAGCGUCUUCAUGAAACGCGACUCGUUCCUGAACGCCCCAGUGUUGUGCGACAUGCUUCCGGACGUUGACCUGCGCGCCUGGAAGUCUGCCAGCUCAGGUGUCUUUAUCCCCGACCAUCUGCUGCGAGACGUACUCAGCAAGGCCCAGACCGACCUCGAGCAGCGAUACAGAGAACAGUUUCUCGGUGGCCUCGAGCUGAGUGCUGGCUCCCAGUCAGCGCUGGGCACGGCGCUGGCCUUCAGUCGGCCCAGCAAGCAGGCGCUGCUGUUGUCCAACACGUCCCGGCUCCUCGAGUACGCCUCAACCGAGCUCAUCAACACCGUGUUCAGGUCGGGCCCGUCCCGCAUCAAACGUCAGCUGGUCAGCCUGUCUAACCAGGUGUCGGGCGGCAGCCGCACAGUGCAGGGGUUCAGCAGCUCACUGCGCCAGUUCGACAUAUCAAACCUGGUCUCCCAGGUCCCGAUCAUCGACCAGUGCCGGGCUGAAGAGGAGACGUUGCCUUGCGACGCCUCCUCUCCAUACCGCACCUACUCUGGGUACUGUAACAAUCUGAACAACCCCAACUACGGCAAGUCCGUGAUGCCACAGAGUCGCCUGCUGCCGGCAAAAUACGAUGACGGUGUCAGCCGUCCGAGAGAGCGCUCCGUCACCGGGCAGUCGCUGCCCUCGCCGCGGCGCAUCUCCACCGAGCUGCACAAUGACGUCAGCAGCCCACACUCGCGCUACACCAUGUUCCUGAUGCAGUUCGGCCAGUUCCUUGACCACGACGUCACCCUGACGCCCAUCCACAAAGCGUCUGGCGGCUCGAUCCUGAACUGUCGGGACUGUGACUCGGCCAAUCGGGUGCACCCCGAGUGCUGGCCGAUCGAGGUGCCGCGCAACGACCCCUACUUCCCGCCGGUCAACGUCAGCAGCGGCCGGCCAUUCUGCAUCGCGUUCACCCGCUCGCUGCCCGGACAACAGACUCUCGGACCGCGAGAGCAGAUCACGCAGAACACGGCCUUCAUGGACGCGUCGCACAUCUACGGCCAACACCAGUGCGAGGCACGCACGCUGCGCGCUUUCGAAGGCGGCCGGCUGAAGACGACGCCGCGCGGCCGCAGCAAGGGCCUGCUGCCGACCACGCGCGACAACAGGGAGUGUCGCGCGCCCUCCGGGUCCUGCUUCGCCGCGGGUGACAACCGCGCCUCGGAGCAGCCCGGCCUGGCCACCUUGCACAUCAUGUGGGUCCGCGAGCACAACCGCGUGGUGCGCCGACUGGCCGACAUCAACCCGCACUGGGACGACGAGAAGCUGUACCAGGUGGGCAGACGCAUUGUCACCGCGGUCUGGGAACACAUCAGCUACAACGAGUUCCUGCCCCGCAUUCUGGGUUGGAACGCCAUGCAGCUCUACGACCUCAGGGUCGGCACGGAGGGCUUCUUCAAAGGCUACGACAGCACGUGCAGCGCCGCCGUGCUCAACGAGUUCUCGACGGCAGCAUUCCGCUUCGGCCAUUCGCUGAUCCGGCCCCAGCUGCGUCGCAUGGACGUCAACUUCGGCGAGAAGAACCCUCACAUUCAGCUGCGCGGCAGCUUCUUCAACUCGGACAUGCUGUUCGAUGCUCAGAUGGUGGACGACCUUUUACGAGGCCUGGUCAGUACGCCCAUGGAGAGCGUCGACAACUACAUCACCGGAGAGGUCACCAAGCAUCUGUUCGAGGAGGAUGGUCGUCCCUUCUCCGGCCUGGACCUGGUCUCGCUCAACAUUCAGAGAUCCCGGGACCACGGUCUGCAGCCGUAUAACGAGUACCGAGCCAUCUGUAACUUGAAGAAGGCCUCCAGCUUCGACGACCUGUCGCGAGAGGUGCCCGGCAGACUGAUCGAGAAGAUGAAACAGGUGUACGCCAGCGUGGACGACAUUGACCUGUUCACGGGAGGCCUGAGUGAGACACCGCUACAGGGCGGCCUGGUCGGCCCCACCUUCGGCUGCAUCAUCGGGCUGCAGUUCCGCUUCCUCAAGAAGUGUGACCGCUUCUGGUAUGAGACUGAGGACACGGCCGUCCGCUUCACUGAGCAGCAGCUGACCGAGAUUCGUAAGGUCACCAUCAGCCGGGUCAUGUGCCAGAACUGUGACCAGGUGGACACCGUGCAGAGGGCGCUGUUCGACAUGCCGCACGACUUCCUGAACCCUCGGAUCGCAUGCCGCACAAUGGCCGACAUCAACUUUGACCUGUGGAAGGAGAGUAACAGCGGCGGGGGCCGGUGCAACGUCAACGGCGUCAACAUCAGCGGCGGCUCCACCGUCAACAUCAGCCCGUGCACGCGCUGCUCCUGCCUGAAUGGGGACACAAGCUGCCAGAGUGUGCGCGUGACCAACUGUCAACAGCUGGCGGCCCGGUCCGGUCGGGACGCCGUGCUGGCCGACACCUCGUGCCGAAGUUUCGGGCCGCGUCCGCAGCAGAGCUUCGGGCCGCCUCCGCAGCUGCAGGGGUUCCGGCCGGCGGCGCCGCCGUUCCGACCCCAGUUCGGCGGCCGCCGUCCGCCGAGGCCGUUCGGCGGACCGCUCCGUGCGCUGGGCGCGUUCGGUCUGCGCGGGCUUGGUCGGCUGUUCGGACUGUAG